ACCGUUGGGGAGUUAGGGCAAAACCAAAAACACCAAAUUCAUUUCAUCAUCAAUAACUAUCAUUAUCCAUUUCUCAUUUUCUCUCCCUUGUUCUCUCUCUCGACAAAUAAACAUCCAUUAGUCUCUCUCUGACUCUACUCUUAAGAAAGCUCAUUUGUGAGUUACUUUUUAAUCUAAUUAGUCACUAAUCAAAUGGAUAUGAAGAAAACCAAAGCUACUUCCUCAUCUUCUUCACCUUCUUCACUUGAUCAUCUGUUUGGUCCCAAAGGAUCAGCCUCUGCUACAUCGGCUUCUUCUUGUUCAACUAUACUCGACUCCAUUUUCCCUCCUCCUGUAGCAAGGAAGAAGGGAACUCACACUGCUCAUGAAGCUCAAAACAGCAUUUCUCAAACCACUGAUGAGAGAAGCAUCCAUGAAACUAGAGAAGCUUCCUAUUACAGUUCCUCCAUUUACUACGGAGGCCAGCAACACUAUUCACCUCCACGAAGCGAUGGCUCCUCCACUUCUCCAUCUAAUCACCAUAAAGAAACUGAUGAUCAAACCUACGACACAAACGCUACUUCCAGGGGAAAUUGGUGGAAAGGUUCUUUGUAUUACUAAGACCAACCUAACUGGUCUACUUGAUUUCCGCAAUGACCAUAUACAUCGAUGCAUUCAUGUCCUUAACUUCGCAGUUGUGAUCUUUGGAUUUUCUUUAUAUAUAUGUUCAUCUUUGGUUUUUGGUUGUAAUCCUACAUGUUGGGGACUAGUACGUAGUUUAAGAUGGCGAUUAUUUGACCGCAUCUACCACUAAUGUAUGGUUAAUAAAAUA